UCAAGCUAGCAGUGUCUAGUAUUCACCAAAUUUAUCCUUAGUUAUAAACCUAUCCAUAAUCAUUAGAAGCUGAUUACAACAAGAAAGUUUACACCACUAACAAAAGCAAGAAUUAAUGGAAAAUAAAGUUGUUGAAGAGAAACAACACAUGAAUAUCCCUCUAAUGAUCCCUUAUAAAAUGGGAAACUUUCAUUUAUCACAUAGAGUUGUAUUGGCACCAUUAUCAAGGUAAAGAUCUUAUGGCAAUGUUCCUCAACCACAUGCAAUACUUUAUUACUCACAAAGAACUACAAAAGGUGGCAUUCUAAUAGGAAAGGCCACAGUAAUUUUUGAAACUGGCAUAGGGUAUAAAGAUAUACCUGGUUUAUGGACAAAGGAGCAAGUAGAGGCUUGGAAACCAAUUGUAAAUGAAGUUCAUGCGAAAGGAGGAAUUUUAUUUUCCCAAAUUUGGCAUGUUGGUAGAGUUUCCAGCAAAGAUUUUCAGCCCAAGUGCUUUGGGACUUUACAUGGUGGAAUCGUUGAAUAAGUAUGAUAUCGCGUAUUGCCACGUAGUUGAGCCUAGGAUGAAAACAGCUUGCGAAAAAAUUGAAUGUUCUGAAUGCCUUAUACCUUUGAGGAAGGCAUAUAAAGGUAUUUUUAUAGUAGCUGGUGGUUAUGAUAGAGAAGAUGGAAACAGAGUUGUGGUUGAAGAUCGAGCUGAUCUUGUUGCGUUUAUUCAUAUCUAAUCCAGAUUUACCAAAGCGAUUUGAGCUAAAUGCUCCUCUUAACAAGUAUAAUAGAGUGACAUUUUAUACGCUAGAUCCUGUUGUUGGCCAUACUGAUUAUCCAACUCUAGAAACCAUGACAUGAUUGGAUUCCUUGGUAACUAAUUAUCAGAAACAACAUUGUAAUGAAUCUAUCAAGUUUUAUUGAAGAAAUAUAAUUUCAGUUUCUUUUCGUUAA